AUGGCCGACGUCCGAUCGCUCCUCCGCAGCGAAUUAGCUUCCCGCAAGGGCACCUCUCCAAAUUCGACAGGAAAUCGCGUCACCAAAAAGCGCAAGGUUGAUAGUGGAGAUGGAGUAAUGCGAAAGAAGAUCCGCGCCGCUGAACUAGAUGCGUUUCAGUCUACCUCUGACGCAAUAAGCGCCGAGCAAACUCCAGAGCAAGAAGGUCCGGGGCAAGUCGAGGAUGGUGUCGCCGGCCCAGAACCUCCGCUCGAUGACGAACAAGAGAUUAUUGAGCCAGCCAUCGCAGAAGAACCCACUACGCAGUCGCCCCAAGAUCCAUCCACGCCUAUUGACGAAGAGGCAUGGGCAGCAUUUGAACGCGACGUCGCCGCGCAGGAUGAUGAGCCCCAUGUACCAGCCGCUGUCACAGCCGAGGCUACGAUAUCCGCGGCACCAAUGACAGCCGCAGAACUCGCUGCGCAGCAAGAGAGAGCGAAGGCGUCGGCAGUCCGCACUCGUGAGACAGAGUUGGAAGGGGAGCGAGAGGAUGCCGCACGGCUUUUGGAGGAAGAGUUUGAUGAGAUGGAUCAGUUGGAGGAGCGGGUGCGAAGACUCAAACAAAAACGCGAGGAGUUGCGGAAAGCCCGCGUCCAAGAUCAGACACAGGAUGAGCCGAUGGGAUCUGGCGCAGUGGAGCAGGAUGAGAGCGAGAGUGAAGACGAUGAGGAUGAGGAUUGGGAUGAUUGGAGAUUUAAAUGA